CUCGACACUGUGGGAUAAGGGUUGAGAACUAUCGGAAGGAUGUACAGGAAAAUUCUCCUUUCCAAUGCAGAGCUGUUAGGAUGGUAACUGUAUUUAUUAUUGCAGCAUUUACUGCAGCUAGAUAUUGGAAAAGAGUGGAUUGUUGCUAAAAGACAUUCUUUGAAGAUGUGGGAAUGCAGCAAAAACUCUCUUCUGAGGAUGUCCACCUGUGACCUGGGUGCCAUCUGGAAAAGCAUACAAAAAUUUUGGAGACAGAAUGGCCUGUUGACUCUUUCUAUUCUCUCUGUUAUUACUGGAUGCCUUAUUGGAUUUCUACUAAGAAUUCUGGAACUCAGUGAUUUGGAAAAACAGUAUUUUUCCUUUCCUGGGGAGCUGCUUAUGAGAAUGCUGAAAAUGUUAAUUCUGCCACUAAUAACUUCUAGUUUGAUGUCUGGCCUUGCAACUAUGGACUCCAAAGCCUGUGGCAGAAUGGGGCUCAUUACCAUCACAUACUAUCUCUGGACCACAUUCCUAGCAGUUGCAGUAGGCAUCAUCUUGGUAAUCACCAUCCACCCAGGAUCUGCUGUCCACAAAGAAGACUAUGUUGGGGGAAAACCAGUUCUAAGCUCUGCAGAUGCCUUGCUGGAUUUAAUAAGGAAUAUGUUUCCUGCAAAUUUGAUUGAAGCAUCAUUCCAACAGUACAGGACAAUCCUUGUUCCAGUGGUGAAAACACAGACUAUUCCAAAAUCCAGCGGCAAGUCCAUAAAUUUUCUCUAUUUUGCACCGGAUGAUAUAAACCCUUUAAUUCAUCGACCAGUAAUAUUGGAAGUGACGCCAUCUCCAGACAUCCGAUACAAAACACUUCCUGGGACAAGUACAGAAAUGAACGUCUUAGGAAUUGUUAUCUUUUCUGCUACAAUAGGUCUUCUUUUAGGCAAAAUGGGUGACAGAGGGACUCCCUUAGUCAAUGUAUGCCUGAGUCUUAACGAAGCAGUGAUGAAAAUUGUUGCAGUGGCAGUUUGGUAUUUUCCAUUUGGGAUUGUUUUCCUCAUCGCUGGAAAGAUUUUAGAUAUGGAAGAGCCAUCAGUGAUCGCAAAGAAACUUGGGAUGUACACAAUAACUGUCAUGGCAGGAUUAUUUAUACAUGGUGUACUGCUAUUGCCACUCUUGUUCCUGAUAAUAACAAGAAAGAAUCCAUUUGCAUUCAUUCAGGGGAUACUACAUGCACUUCUGAUUGCCCUGGCUACUUCAUCAAGUUCAGCAACCCUGCCAAUUACAAUGAGAUGCCUUAUAGAAAACAACAAGAUAGACAGACGGGUGGCAAGAUUUGUGCUGCCAGUUGGAGCUACCAUUAACAUGGAUGGUACCGCGUUGUAUGAAGCCGUAGCUGCCAUAUUUAUCGCACAAGUUAAUGAAUACGACCUUGAUUUAGGUCAAAUUAUUACAAUAAGCAUAACUGCAACAGCAGCAAGCAUAGGUGCUGCAGGUAUACCACAAUCGGGGCUUGUUACAAUGGUAAUUGUACUUACAUCAGUUGGACUCCCUACCGAUGAUAUCACACUCAUUGUUGCAGUUGAUUGGGCACUAGAUAGGUUUAGGACAAUGACCAAUGUCCUUGGAGAUGCCCUGGCUGCUGGAGUUGUGGCACAUGUGUGUAAGAAAGAUUUUGCUUCAUAUCAAGAAAAGCAAGAUCAAGUAGGCAAAGAGGAGGGGAGUAAUAUCAAUGAAGAAUCAGUACAUGCUGACAGCCACAUCAUGGAAAUGGUAGAAGAAGCAAUGUAUGACAAGAGAAGAAUACAAUUUAAUGUUUGCCUAGUCUAAAUGGAGACAAUCUUCACACUGCCUAUUAUCGAAUGAUUUUUUUUCCGUAAAAAAAAAAAAAGACAUCAUAUUUAUUAUAUCCAGAGGAUAUAAAUGACAGUUUGUAAACCUUGCUUUAUUGGAACAACUGUGAUUUAAAAGCAAUGACAGUAAAAAAAAAAAAAAAAGGAAAUAGAGAGUUUAAAAAC